AUGCCUUGGAAGAUGGAAUCUGAGCAGUCAGAAGGCUCCGAAAGGACUCCUGGCCAGAAGCCUCCACAGGAGCCGACGGCCGCGCGAGGAUUCGAACACGCAGUGCCGCAGGCGUGGAUCUAUGGAAGUACCGGAGGAAUUUUACCUUGUGCCCAAAGCUGGCAUCCUCCUGGUAGACUGGUCCAGGGUCCAGCUUCUGCACAGCCUGCUGUGAGGAUGCUUCCACAUUCUUCUGGCUGGGCUAGACCUUGCACACCGCGCACCGUGGCUAUUCCGGCGGCGGGCUACGUCAGGACUGCUGCACCGCAGGCUGCAAGACCCCCUCCAGGCCAAGUAGUUGUCGUCCGGGAGCUUUCGCCUGGAAGGCCGAUUGCCUGCGCGGCACACCCAACGCCACGAACUGCAUCACCAGCGAUUCCUUCUGUUGCUCCUCCAGCUCCUGUGCGCCCGGUUCCACUGCCGCAGGGCCAGCUUUCUCCACGAGUGCGUUCGCUGUCGCCAGCUGUCGUCGUCAGGAUGCCUGCGCCAACUCCUUCUUGUCCUGCUCAAAUUUCAGCGUGCCAGCCGACACCCAGAACACAAAGUGUUCAUUUGGGACCUUUUGCUGGCAACAUGCCUGCCUCAACGUCGCCACGGAGAGAGCGUUCAAUGUCUCCAAUGGGUUUACCGCCCGUCCCUGCGCUCUCUGGCAUGGGCGCGGCAACGCCAGCUGAAGCCCCGACCGCACAGAGGUGCUUGUCACCACGCACUGUCAUUGUUCGCCAUGCAACUCCCCGUACAGUUGCAGCUCCUGUCAAAGUACAGAGUCCUGUUCAAGUUCUUGUUACGCCUCGAGCUGUGCCGUCUGGCAAAGGUGUGACACCAGGAAGCAUCCUGGCAGGCCUCCGAGCAGUCCCAUCAGUUCCAAGGACGAUCCUGCAUCCGCAUGCCGGCAAAGGUGUGAAUGUUCGACGAGCCGCUUCUCACGGAGCUGUAAAAGCCCCCAGGCCCGGGCUAGCUGUGCUGCCUCCAAAGCGGCCGGCGUCAGGCACUGUGAAGGAUGUGCUUAGUGAGCAAACCACUGCGGCUGGACAACUGCCACCAAGAGGGAGCGUGCAAGCCAAUGCAGAGAACUUCUUUGCAGAGGGCGAGCCACAGGAUGCCCUGUUCCUUGCUUUUAGUGGAGCACUCAACGAGCUGGGUGCCGUCGAGGCAACUUGCCAACAGCUGUUGUCAAGACUGCAUUCAGGACCGGCGGUUCGCUGGGAGGAGCUUGUGAACCUGAACCCCGUUGUGCAACUUCUGCACGUCCCCCAAAACUUGCAGGAUGGAAGCGAUGCUGAUUGCCAAGGCUGGUGGCGAGCCCUCCUUGCAAGGCACGGACUGUACGGUCCAGGCAAUGCGAUGGGCUCUCCGGAGCUGAUAGAAGUGGUCACAGAUGCGCUACGCUUCCUGCGAGAUCGACAUGCGCCGGAGGCGUUCUUACGCAACCUUCGAACUGUGCACUCGGGAGCGAAACGCUUGAAGGAGCUUUAUGGCAGCUUCGAGUUCCACGCUCGCGGGAUGAUGGGGAAGAGUUACAGGUGUCGAAGCAGACUCACCCGUGAGGAGCAUAUUUGUCGACAGGUUUGCAAAGACAAAGUUCGCGCUCCCUCGGAUUUGGUUCGGGCAGAGGUUGAAAUGCUGAGAAGUCUUGAGCAUCCAAGCGUGCCUCAGGUGAUUGCCAGCUUCGAAGAUUUCAACAACAUCUACAUUGUGCUCUUGCAGCUAUUCUGA